AUGCCGUUUCUGCGCAAUCUGCUCGCGUGGGCCACGGGAUUCAAGGAUGCUAGGUUGGAGGACGAGGAAAUGGAAAUCGAUGACGAACGAAUGGAAGUCGACGACGAUGCCAACAUUGCGGUGCUUGACGCUAUACACCAGCGCGUCAUGAUCUUUGCACAGGAAAGCGUCGCAGCGAUGUCCCAAGACCUGAGUCAGUACGAGGUCGUGCGCAACAUCACCAGAUACGGCUGGGAUCCAUUGCGCGCCCAUCAACUCGCCACCGCCCUCUUCGAUCGCAAUCAACCCAGCGGCCAACCCGAGCCAUUCGGAAGCAAACCAUACCUCCUCCUAGCCAGAACCAUCGCCAGUAACCAGCAAGAAGCAGAGAAUCUCCUCGCCGAGCACCUACAGCGUCUUGACACCUCUUGGGAUAGAGACGAAUAUGCUGCAGCGCGAGAGGUCGCAAGAGAACUACAUGCAAGAGGUUAUCCUUUGGACUAUUUGGAUGCCUAUUUUGGUGAGCUCUUGGGGGAUGAGGUUGAGGAUCUGGCGAUGGCGUUGAGAGUUGGUGUGGGACGGAGAGAUCCACUGGAGUUGCUUGCGGAGUGGGCGCCUUGGGUGCAAGCUGGCGAUGAUAGGGAUGGGUCACUAUUGCGUGGACAUCGGGAGCAGGAGCAGACGAAUGAGGCUAAAUUCGUGCGUUUGUUCAGUCAAGAGUUUCAAGACUUGACCAGCGGAGAGCAACCUUUGGGCGAAUUCAAGAAUUCCUGGAGUCCAUCCGUGGCCUGGCAGAUCGUCAACAAUGCCUACUACACCCACCACCAGGACAUUCCCACAGCCAAACAGUGGCUCCAGUCUUACAUGAAAGACACGGACCCCCGUUUCGCGCCUGAAAGCUUCGCCAAGUUCUGGCAGGAUGGUCAUAAAAGACUCCUAGCAUCCGUUCGUGACUUCUUCGCUUUCCUUGAUGAAGACGACUUGGUGACCUUGUGCGAGUACUACAGCAAGUGGUUCUACGCUCAUUGGCCCACUGGAUGGAUCACGGAGACGAUUGUGAACCUGAACAAGAGGAGGAAGCUCAGUCUUGUCGAUGCUGCAGCGAACGUCAAUCAAGAUAUGGAGAACCUCACUCCCAAUGUGGCCGUUCUUAAUUGGGUUCCCGAACUCGCUAGCCUCCUCUACCCAGACGCCUCCGACUCCAGCUCUGUCACAUUCGGCCGUGAGCGCGUACCCGUCGAAAUGGAGCCCAACGCUUUUGUCCAUGACUUCGCCCAAGAGUUCGUAGAUCUCGUCAGAGGCGACGCCACGGUGGGAAGAGGACCCAUGUAUCCCUAUGAAGCCUGGCGACUGCUCAACUGCAUAUUCGCUGCCACCUUCGGGCAAGGUCUCGCCAGAGCGAAGGAAGCACUCCUCGAGCAUCUCCAGUCUGACGAUGAUGUCCAUAUCCUCAACCAGCCGGGCACGAUCCAGAGAGUCCAGGACGACACGCGUCUGAUGUACAGCGGUCUCUCCGCAGACACUCUGGACCCUCUCAUCGAAGACGUCAUCCGAUGGUACCGAGACGGAUGGCCAGUCAGAUGGAUCUGGUCCAUGCUGGAUUGCCCGCCAGAAGGCCAGGAGUUUGUCACAGACUACGACGACUCUCGGGAACGCCUGAAUGCCGAGCUGGAGACGUUUAACAAGCACGAUUUCACUCCAAAUCAUGUCCUCUUUGAUUGGAUACCGGCGUUGAUGACGGUGCUUGAGGAGGGUGGGGUUGAUGUCGAUGCGGCUUGUAGAUGGCUAUUGCCAGCGGUGCCUGGUCCUGAUUCUCCGGUGCGAGAGCAGGCGGAUACGCCUUAUGGGAAUUUCGAUGAUAUUAAUGAUUUGUAUGGCCCGGUGGCUGGGACGUGGCGUCCGGCAGAGGAGCUGGAAGAAGAAGUCGAUGAUGCUGAGAUUAAGGACGUUGGUGAUGAGGGUGUUGCUGAAGCAGACCGCGAAGCGAAUGAUAUCCAGGAGGCAUUGGACGAGCAGCUGAUGGACUUUGCUGGCGAAUCUGACACUGAAGACGACGAUGAGCUAGGCGACCUUCAAAGCCAAAACGUCGAUGACGCUGAAGCCGAGGACGCUGUUGAUGAAGAUGGAUCUGCGGAACAUGGCGAAGCAGCUCUGGAUUCGGAAGACCAAUUUUUGGACGAGCAGCUGAUGGGCCAUGCGGAUAGUUCCCACACCGAAGACGACGACGAGCUAUUGACGGCUCUCACCGCUGCUCUCGAGGAUGGGGAGAUACCGGAUGAUAAGCAGGAGCGAUUGACAGAGAAGCAUUGCAGACGCCUGCUAGAUGCCGUGAUGAACCGCAGAACGAACAUCAAUUCUCGUGGCCAAUUCUCCGCGAACCAAGCCUGGUAUUUCAGCGAAGGAAGCGUGGGGUGGCUAACAGAACUGCGGAAGUGGGGCUGGGACGCCUUCCACGCUCACCUGCUGAUCGACGCCCUUCGCCGCUCUGGCGUGACCAGGGAGGAGAUGGAUGAAGAAGUGAACAACAAACCCUCAGACGAGAUGUGGGCCAUCACUCUCCUCGAUGCCUCCGUUCAGUCCUUCGAGCGUGCGUAUCCUGGCGCUGAACACGUGGCAAUUCGAGAGGAAGCCUAUAAUCUAUACCAACGUGGCUACAGCGUCGACUUUUUGACCGAAUGCUUGCAGACACUCGACCGGCAAGGCAUAUCAGUCACACUUUGGUCUCGUGUUCUGGCUGCAAUUCCAUCAUGGCACCCUGUAGGAGAAUGGUUGAUGCUUUGGUGUCCGAGAAUCCGGGAAGUAUACCCAGAGUUUCUCAAGGAUGACAGCAUUGAGGAUGGGUUCAAGAUCACCAUCGAACCUCGGAAGAGCAGCAAGACCGUCAUUGUCAGGCGGUUUCAUAACGAGUUCCGUGACCUGGUCACCAACUGGAAUUGGUCUCCGGCUGAGGCCUGGUUCCUGGUUACGGCUGCUUACGAUGAGACUUGGCAUAAUGUUUCGAGAGCAAAGGAGAUCAUCUAUACGUCUCGUGACAACGCUCCCGAUGAAGUCAUGGCAUCGUACGCAGGCGAUAGAGAAGAGGCAUUGAAAGAUUACUAUGACGAGCAAGACGAGUCGGAUUUGGAGAUCCUGCUGACCUGCUACCGUAAUUGGUACCAGAGCUUCUGGCCGAGUCUUUGGAUCGACGAAAAGAUGGAAGACUUGGAACUACACCAACCGCUUGUGGCUGCGGCUUUACUGAACAGGCAACUCGAGGAACUUCUCGGUAUGGCCUAUACCCCAUCCUCUGUUCUUCUCGAAUGGGCUCCGGAGCUCCGUACUACGUUGAACAGAGACGACGAGCGCCGACGCGAGCGCGCUCUCGCAGACAUCGAUGACGAUAUGAAGAUCGUUGUUGACGGCGAUGACUGGGACGAAGAGGAUGAAGACGACGAACUCUACGCAUCUGAUGAGGAGAAUGCUAGUGAGGAUUCUGACGCGACCAUGGACGACGACGACGAGGAGGAGAAUGUCGAGAUGCCUCUCAGCCCAGAGGAGGAGGAAAGUCUUGGAUACGAUGUCCAAGGCCUUCACUCGCGACGCAGCAUGUAUAGACGUCGUUCUGAUGAAGUCCUCAGAGCCAACACCGACUUCAAUGCGAACUACCCUGGCGAAGAUGGCGAGAGGCAAUUCAAGGUGCAAUAUGAUGGGAUCCCAGAGUACCGAUCUCCCAGCCCAUCGCCCAGGGAAGGAAGUGCGCGAAGUACCGUGCCAUUCCCCAAGUCGCGACAGAUACCUGCGCCACUGCGCCCAUCGCUCAAGUCUUCUUGGAGUCCGAAGUUUGGCGCUCCAUCGACGAUCCAUCGGAGAACGCCGUAUGGAUUACACCUGUUCAGGCCCUCGGCGACAGCAGACUCGUUCGAUAUCAACGCUCCAGUAAAUCCGAACUCGCCUUUCGCUCCUGCGCACACUACCAGGGUUGACUCGCCUAAGAGUGCAUCGUCCAAGACCGUUUCUCCCAGGUCUCCCAAGCCUGAUUCGCCAAAGGACGCGACGUCUUCGAAGUCCCCUUCUCCCAAGUCCUCAGAGUUCUUUACACCUCAGUCUUCGAUGUCACCACCGCCGAGUUCUGAAAUGCACUUUCCCAGCCUUUCGCAGUCGGGCUCGGAAAAGUCGUCAGAGCAGUCUCGAAGGUCUUCGAAGACUGCUUCGUCGUUGCCAUCACUAUAUCGUUCUAGUUCAGCGGACUCUCCGGCGCCGGAGGACAAUUCUCCAGCGUCUUCUAAGACGUUGUCGCGAAGAUCCUCAGAGCACUCUCCAGUGUCUUCAAGGACUGCUUCGCUAAGAUCACAUACGUCCCACACACGUCCAGUGGACUCUCCAAGCUCCACGAAGACGAAUUGGCCCGAAUCUUCACAAGCACCAUCUCCAAGAUACUCGGAGCAUUCUCCAGUCUUAUCAAAGACUGCUUCGCGAGGAUCGUCUAAAACGCUAUCUGACAUGGGCCCUCCCGACUCCCCUACUCCACGAUUUUCACCGACUGUGGCUGCUCCUCACCCGCCUUCACCUCUUGGCCCAACAGACGAGAGCUUCGAAGAGGUAAUGAGCAGACGUCCAUCAUCAUCGCCACCGUCUCCACCUCUCAACCCCAGCCAACGUCAGACUCCCAGGUCCUACCGUGUCGCCAAAUCAACCUUCAAAGACUAUCGUGUCAAGAAAGUUGAUCCGCUCAGAUAUAGCAACAAGCUUGAUCAACCUCAUCGACUUCCAGAUACACCGACGAAGUCGCACUUGCCGCCCAGCCCGAGGAGGAGUGGACCAAAGAAGAGGCCUGUAUGUGAGACUUGUGGCAGGGCAUUUAGGGUGACCAAGAAGAAGAAGAAGAAGAAGAAGAAGAAGGGUGGGAAGACCAGUCAUAUGAAGAACGCAUUGGCGAUUGCUGCUACUGCUAAUAUUCCUGACGAGAGACCGAGGACAAGAUCGGUUACAAGAUCGAUUGCGAAUGCUGCUGGUAUUCCGGACGAAGAGUUGAGGAGAAGGUAUCCGAUUGCAACGUCGAUUGCCACUGCUGCUGAUAAUCCAGACGAGCAGCCGAGGAGGAGUAGAAGGGCCAGGAGGAAGAGAAGAAGGUACAGUGAUGAGUAUUAA